AUGGAGGCUAUACCGGUGAACAAACUGCUACGGUCUCACCCGGACACACUUCAAGUUGUACGGAAUGAGAUCAAUCUGGCCAAACCGGGAGAGAUGAAGGCGGCUGUCAAGAUCCUUAAGGAGUGGGUACAGCAGCAACCGCAUUUUAAAAAGAAGGACUUUAGUGAACAUAUGCUAGAAAAUACGAUAGUAGUGGGAAAGGGAUCGAUGGAGCGAGCGAAGAGACAGAUUGACAAAGUGUGCACUAUGAGGAAUCUGUGGCCACAUUUCUUUGCCAUAGAGGACAUUAGAACCGAAUGCGCAGAAACCAUUGAAGACGCAUGUCUAGCCGUUAUGCCAAAUCUUAACAAAGAACACCAUAGAGUGAUAGUGGUCAAAGCGGGAAGCUCCACAAUUACCUCGCAAAAACUUCUACAACAUUACAAAGUAGGAGUCUGUGUUUCAGAGUACCUAAAGGCCCACGACUAUGUGAAUAGCUACCACUACGUCUUGGACUUGCGACAAGCCAAUAUGACUGACUUCCUUAAAUCCUUCAACCUCACUGAUUUUCGUCAGAUAUACACCAUAUUAGUGGAUUGCUUCGGCAUACGUUUAAAGGGAAUCCACUUGGUGUCAGAGUCUAAGCUGAUAGAUACUCUUAUAGGAAUUCUGAAACAAUUCUUGAAGCCCAAGCUCAUUUCUCGUCUCCAUCAUUACUCAGAUGUUGAUCAAUUGGCCAAAGCUCUCGGUGAAGAGUACCUUCCUCAAGAUGUCGGUGGUAAAGAGAGAUGCGCUAGAGAUAUACAAGAGGAUUGGCUCACCGAGCUAUCGUCUAAAAGCAACAUGGAAUAUAUGCGUAUGAUGCGGGAGGCUACCAUCGACGAAAGCCUUCGGCCGAAAGGGGACUUCAGCCAGGAGUAUGCAGGAAUGCCCGGGACAUUCAGACUUCUCACUGUUGACUAG